AUGGCGCAGAGCAUUCCCCAAAACGUGAUCGACGGCUUGCGAAGUAUGCUAUCGCUGGGGAGCCAGAAUGACAAUGAAACGAGCUCCUCUUCUUCUUCUGGGGGUUUGACGCCCGUGGAUGUGGUUAUUACAAGAAUCAUGCUCACGAAGGGGAAGAAGCUUCCGCCGGGUGUUGUCGAUGUCAUUCUCGACUUUGCGGAGUACUGGGCGCAUUCGAGUAAUGAGGUUGAUUACAUCGCUGAGCACUCGAGUCCUCUCCGCGUCAACGGUCAAAGUCCCUCUGAGAACAAAUUCCUUCUUCGAUCGUUUCCUGUAGGUCUGACGGGGAUUCAAGGCAAGAAAGCACUUGCUGAAGUGUUGGCGUAUGAUCUGAACGAGGCGAAGCCGGCGCCUUUAAAGACGGAGCACGAUGCUUCGUAUUUCACAAAACUGGCUGAUUAUCCUACACCGAAAUUACUCCAUCCUGUGAGAAAGGUGGUCUUUACGAUACGGAGCAAGGAUCAGGGGUGGGGUGGUGAACCAGAUAAUCGCCAUACGUAUAACGGAGCCUGGACGUGGUUUGAAGCUGGUCUAGAGAAGUUUGACGCCGAACAGACCUGCGAUCCAAACUGCACAUACGACGUCCGGUUCAAAUCAGCAUCCUCCGUCGCAUCACCCCUCCCCGUCUGCGCCCUCCGCCCUCUCUACCCCUCCAUCGUCCCCAAAGGCAGCGACAAGUUCGCAUACUCGCACCCUCUCGCACACCAAGAGAAAUGGACCAUCGUCCGCAACAAGACAGCGCACCGCGCCUGGCAAGACCAUGUGAUUACGUGGGCGUGGGACGACGAUGCCAAGCCCGACUCUGAAGCUGCUGUUAAGAUGAAGGCUGAGGAGGGCAGGGGCGAGGAGACGGGCGAUGGGUGGUUUGUCAGGGAUUUGAAGAUGGGAGAUGUUGUCACGAUCUGGGCGAAGGCGAGGUUUGGGGGGUGGGUUAAUCAUAUUGAGAAGGCCAAGAUUGAUGUUUACUGGGCUGUUUGA